GGAAGCGAGGAGGAGGAGGGAGCAGCCUGUCCUGCUCUCCGCCUGUCAAUCACUGUGUUGGGGGCGUGCCCGAAUGUGCUGUGGGCCAAUGGGGUAUGUGUGUGGCAGUGUCUCCAUGGUGACGGGGCUGUUCCCGGGGAGGCUGUGAUGGGUUGACAGGUGCGUGACAGUCGGAGCUCUCUGCAGGCAUGUACGGCAAAGGCAAGAGCAACAGCAGCGUCCCGUCCGACAGCCAGGCCAGGGAGAAAAUAGAUGUCUGACUCUGGUUCUACUGAGAACAUUUAUCAUCAGAUCAAGAAGAGUAUCCCUACAGGGGGAAACCUCUUUCCAACAUAUGAAUGAAGUUGUGUUGAUUUGAAAACCAUAGGAAUAAGAAGGAUGUUUGACUCAACUGAUGUUAGCACUGUAUGUAUAUGAAUAUCUGCUCCAUGUAGGAGCACAGAAAUCUGCCCAGACAUUUUUAUCAGAGAUAAGAUGGGAAAAAAACAUCACAUUGGGGGAGCCCCCAGGAUUCUUGCACUCUUGGUGGUGUGUAUUUUGGGAUCUCUACUGUGCAGCUCCAGAAAGACGAGAAACAUGUGAACAUUCAAGUGAAGCUAAAGCCUUUCAUGAUUAUAGUGCUGCAGCAGCUCCCAGUCCAGUGCUAGGAAACAUUCCCCCAGGAGAUGGCAUGCCAGUAGGUCCUGUACCACCAGGUUUUUUUCAGCCUUUUAUGUCCCCUCGAUACCCUGGAGGUCCAAGGCCACCUUUAAGAAUACCCAAUCAGGCACUUGGAGGUGUCCCGGGAAGUCAGCCAUUAUUGCCCAGUGGGAUGGACCCAACACGACAACAAGGGCAUCCAAACAUGGGUGGGCCAAUGCAGAGAAUGACUCCUCCAAGAGGAAUGGUUCCAUUAGGACCACAGUCUGACCCUUGGUUAUCAUUGCAGAACUAUGGAGGUGCAAUGAGACCGCCACUGAAUGCUUUAGGUGGCCCUGGAAUGCCUGGAAUGAACAUGGGUCCAGGAGGUGGUAGACCAUGGCCAAACCCAACGAAUGCCAAUUCUAUACCGUACUCUUCAGCAUCUCCUGGGAAUUAUGUAGGUCCUCCAGGGGGUGGAGGGCCACCAGGAACACCCAUCAUGCCUAGUCCUGCAGAUUCAACUAACUCUGGAGACAACAUGUACACUUUAAUGAAUGCAGUACCACCUGGACCCAACAGAUCUAAUUUUCCAAUGGGCCCAGGGUCAGAUGGACCUAUGGGUGGAUUGGGUGGAAUGGAAUCACAUCAUAUGAAUGGAUCUUUAGGUUCAGGAGACAUGGACAGUAUUUCCAAAAACUCUCCCAGUAAUAUGAGCAUGAGUAAUCAGCCUGGCACUCCCAGAGAUGAUGGUGAAAUGGGUGGAAAUUUCCUAAACCCUUUUCAGAGUGAGAGUUACUCCCCCAGCAUGACAAUGAGUGUGUGAUCCAUACCAAGUCUCCUCAUGAAGACCGCAGUGAGUUGGCCCUCUUCAGAGAGCUACUACAGAAGAAAAUUGCAAGUCCCAGUGUACAGUUUAACAAAAGGAUCUCAGACACAACCAGACCCACCAUCUUUUCCUACCAUCUCCCCAGUUUUGUGAAGAAAGUGGGUCCAAACGUGAUUCAAACAACUGUAAAGAGUGGCAUAACAGAACUGCCCAAGAGUGAACUGCAAACAAUUAUCUGUGUAUGUAUAAGUGCGGAUAGAUGUAUAUGUGUGUGGAUAUGUUAUAUUGACAUACAUACACACACAUAUACAUAUAUAGACCUGCAGGACAUUUGUAAAAUAGUAUCACAUGACAUCUUAAGUAGAAAUAAGAAAUAGAGACUUUUAUUCCAUCUUUUUUUCAUGUUUACAUUUUAACUAUUAAAAUUUGCGUUCCCUUCCCCCCCCACACACACUCCCCCCUCUGAACUGUUCUGUGCUGCGUAUAUCACUGCUUUAUAAGUUAUUUUUUAAGGUGAACCCAAGUGGUCAAUUGUUCUGAUUUUGUAAAUGUCUGUCAUCAUGGAUAGGAAUAGAUUGCUCAUAAGAGGGCUUUCAUAAACUUGUAUUUCAUACCAGUUACCUUGUGAAUCUCAAACUGUACUCUCUCAAGAAAUAGAAGAAAGCUUAUCUUAAUUUUGUGGGGAAAUUUAAUAAUUUGUCACCUGGCUUUGGUGGUGUUUGGCUUUUUUUGUGGUUUUGUUUUAUUUUGUUUUUGUGCUUAGUACCUUUAAAAAUAGGAUCACUGCAGGUUAUUUUUCUUCCUCAAAUGAGGCCCAAUAUCUGCAAAAUCUACUUUAAAUGGAAGUCUGAGUUUGAUACAAGACUCUCAGUUUAUCCAGAAUAUUUUAAAGUUGCUGUAAGUGAGCUCCAGUUGCUAUAGAACCUAGCAAUAAUGUGGCAGGGCUUCUUCAGUCCUUGGAAAUAAGUUUUCCCUUUAGCCUGAUCUUCCAUGUGCAUGAUGGCAAGUAGAAAUACAAUCCCUAUUACUGAAACGUCUUUUUUUAACAAACUAUCAGCUUGUCUCCCUUUUCUGUUGAUUCUUGGCUGACUCCCAAUUAUCCAUAGUCCUGAUUAUCAGAACAUAUUUAGUGUCUGCCAAGCGAUUCAAAUAAUCAGGACUGUACUUGAUUUGUUAUUUUUCACCAGGAAUACUAGAGCUGAACUCCUUAGAAACUUUCCAGUACAGAGUCACAUUAGUGAACCAAAAUGACUGAGCAUUUUGUGGGUACUUCCCAUGCAAGGAGUGUUGGAAGGCUCAUGCCCUUAUACCAGAAACAGAACAGGAACAGAGGUCUGAGCCUUUUUAUAAGGAAAUCAAUAUUCUGUAUUUCCAAACUUUGGAGAUAGUGGGAGAAAAAGGAGAGUGAUUAUAUGGCUUCCUGCACCAUCGAAGAAAAGGGGGAAGUCUCCUAUCCCUUAAGGUAAAGCUCUAAAAUCUAAGAUUAUAUUACAUUGAAAAUGAAAGGUUGUACCUGCGUGGUAUGAAAAAAGGUGAUGUUCAGUACCUGAGGCAAAAAGUGUCCGAAUUAAAUUCAUUCUGCAGAUACCAAGCAAUGUUCACCCCUCAAAAUUCACACCUCAGUGGAACAUCUCCAAAAUAUGGUGCUCACCUACAGAUUUGUGAGGAGAAUUUUGCCCUUAAAUUGUGAUAAAAGGUUGCAUGUUAUGGGGUCAGUGUGCAGGUAGAUGCACAUCACUGCAUGUUUCAGGAGUAGAUCAAAUUCCCAGUGAGCAUAUAAAUGAAUAAAAUUAAAAUGUCUUUUACCCCACUGUUGGAACCACAUAAAGAUUAAUCUCUUCUUAGGCACCAGGCUGUUACUUGAAAUUGUAUUCAAAUUUUAAAAAUUUUAUGAGACGUUUACCUUAAGUUAAAAAUAAUAAUUAAUGAUCAUUUGUAACCUUAAAUUAGAUAAAAGUAUUGAUAUGGUUCUGUUUACUUUACUCUCGGUUAUUAUUGAGUUUGAGUUCAUUUAUUCAUCUUUUGAAAACAAAUAGUUUUUUGCUGUCUCUCAAACAGACUCUUGGAGCACUAAUCAAUUUCACUUACAAAAAUUUUCAAAAUUAGACCCCAAUCCUGCAACACACAUGUAUUUAACUUGACUAUUGCGAGUAGUCUCAUUGGUAUCAGUAGGACUACUCACAGUGGUCAAGUUAAAUGUGCUCACAACCUUAGAAUUUACCAGAUAAAUGAAAUAACACCUUUUGUUUAUACAUUUUCUGUUUCUCUUUUAGUUUUACAUUACCAGGAACUGUUUAGUUUAUGGAUUUCUUCCUGGGGGAAUAUAUCUGACCAUUAAAUAAAAAUGAUGCAAACCAGAAUAUAAAAUAGAAAUCAUAUCCUUUAAAAUAGAACUGUCAAAAAUGUACUGAAUUUUCAGGACUAUAAUUUUAAAGGUAAAAUCACUGUCAAAAUAUUUUCUCCUAGUUUACCCAGAAUUGUAUGAUAUGCUUCUGGCAAUAUAGCAUUUUUUCCUGUGAUUUUAUCCCAAUUUUAUCCCACUUGUAGCACAACCUCUCAACUUCUUGUGUCCUCGCCUCCUUUUCCUGAUCCUGCAUCACUAAAGUCAGUUGGAAUUUUGUCAUUGACAUAAAAGGGAUCAGGAUCAGUCCCUACAGUACUUAGGUUGGAAUUAUAGACCCUAGUCCUGCAAAGAAUUAAACAUGUGCAUAUCUUUUCACACCUUAGUAAUCACACAGACUCCAGUGAGACCACUCAGCUAUGUAAAGUUGCACAUGUGCUUAAAUCUUUGAACGAUCAGGGCUGUACAUAAUUAGAGAUGGAAAGAGACCCAUUUGAUCAUCCGAUGCAUCUCUUGAGUUGUUAUGACAAACUUCAUCACACAUAAGUAAUGAUCUCUGCUACUCUUACCUUCCUUUUUUAGAGAAUGAUCCUGCAAAAGUUUACAUACAUAAAUAAAGUUACUCACAUACAUGUUGGCAGGAUCAGGUGCUUAUGUCAUACAUACACACAGUCUGCAGCUAAGCCACAGGGAAUAAUAGUUGUAUUUGCUAAAUAUGCAACAUACACAAAGGACGCCUUUAGCUUUCAAAUUUGUAUCGGGUUUUUUGUUUGUUAACUUACUUUUGCUUACAAAACUCUUUUAUAAGUUUGCAAUAUAGAGACCAAAAUUGAGAUUGAAGAAAAUUUUAUUUCCAAGCACUGAUUUUUUUCCUCCCACUGGUGUUUCUCUUGCACUAGAUGUUGAUGUGUACUGUAACUGCUGUUUGUUUUUAUGCUUAUUCACCAGCAUUGUCAGAUGCAAAUUGUCUGGAUCUGGAAGUAAUGCUAAUUUAAGGGCAACAGGUCAGCUUUCGCACUAGGUUUUAAGAUAGUGGGUUUUUUAUAUUUUUUUAAAAUAUGGAGAACAGUAAGGCCUGAUUUGCCAAACAUUUUUUUUUCAGUAAAAUAUUUUAAAAGAGACAGAUGGAGCCUUAGAACAUCGAAAGCAGGGAAUAGUGGGUUUUCUUUCUCUCUGCAGGGAUGCCAGUUGAAAUCUUGGUCGUAUUGAAGUGAGUAGGAGUUUUGCUUCUGAUUUCAAUGGAAGCAGGAUUUCACUGUCUAUGUAAACAUGUGCAAAGGAAUCUUCAUGUCCAUAUUUUAUUUCCACACAAAGGUUUUGUGGAGACAAUAACUCCCAUUUCAUAUUCACUAAAAAAGGAGUGGGUGAAAGAGCUUAUGAAUCACAAGAAAAGUAGGCUGCCUGAAAUGUACAUGAAAAAGUACCUUAAUAUUUUUAUAUAUAGAUAGGGCACUUAUAUUAUUUUGCUAGUAAAUUUGCAUGUGAAGAACUGAAGUUGAGCUCUGUGUUGCUCCUCAAUUUAUUUUAAAAUGAAUUUAGAGUUCAUGAAAGGUGCUGGAUUUGAAAGCCCUUGAGACUAGUCUUUUGUGCACCCCAUACUGCCCCAGUAAUGUGCCUCAAACGUGAUCUGGAGGGCCUAUCAUUUAAAAGAGAGAGAGUAGUUCUGUCUCCAGUUCAUGAAGUCAUUAGCCUCUCUGUUGAGUGCCACAGUUGCCAAUUUUUAUUUGGAAGCCUACUCAUUAGAAAUUGGACCACCAGCUUAUUAGACAAUCAACUAUAGUCAUAACUUUCAGUCACUAACCUGCUCCAGUUUUGAAGUAGUGACCCAGAGGUGAAAAGCACCAUUUCCCGUGAACCUGAGACAUCCAUCCUCCUAUGAGCUUUGUAUUUUAAAGGGAAGUAUUUUAGUUUAAUUAAGUAUUUUGAGUAGAUCAAACUAGCAGAGGUGAUUAAAAACUUUUUUCUGUGUGAAUCAUCGAAGUAUGGGGUUGUAAGGGAUCUUGAGAGGGAAGACUAAGUAUACCUAGACCAUCUGUGGCAGGUGUUUGUUAAACUUGUUCUUAAAAACCUCCAGUGACAGGGAUUCCACAACAACGCUUAAUAACCUAUUGCAGUAAUUAACUAUCCUUCUAAUUUGAAAGAUUUUCCUAAUAUAUAACCUCAUCUCCCUUGCUGCAACUUUUAGUGUACACAGAGAACAAUUAUUCACCAUCCUCUUUAUAACAGCCCUUAACAAAUUUGAAGACUGUUAUCAGGUCCCCCCCAAGUCAUCUUUUCUCAAGACUAAACAUGCACAGUUUUUUAAACCUUUCCUUAUAGGUCAGGUUUUCUAAACCUUUGAUCGUUUGUGUUGCUUUCCUGUGAGCUCUCUCCAGGUUGUCCAUAUCUUUCUUGAAGGUGGUGCCCAAAACUGGACACCAUACCCGUGAGGGUGGAAUCCUUGCGUCAGAAGGAUAACGAAUUCCUACAGUGGCUAAAACACAUUUAGAUUUUCCCCUGUCCCAUGAUUAGCAAAUGAAAUACUGUAUGUAGAGAGGGUUUGGAAUUAGAUGGGUAAUUUAAUGAGGGACCAGCUGUUACAAUAUUCAGAGUUGUAUAUUUAAAUUUUUCCCCUUGAUAUAAUCACUUUUCAGCUGAUAAAUAUUGCACUGAUAUCUAUUUCCUGGAUCAUUUAAUUAUUUGUUAAGUAUUUUAGCUCUGUUCCUAGCCAACUCUAGUAUUUUUUGUUGUUAAAUAUGAGCUAAAUUCUGUAAGAUUUGGUCCUAUACAUUGAAAGUUGGAGAGCACAACAAAUUUAGAGAUUAGUGAUGCAAAAAUAAAAUUGCCAGCAGAAGUAAAUUGCAAGUGAUGAUAUAACACCUGAUAGCACCUGUUCCAAUCCCAUUUGGGUUUGUUUGGGUGGCUUUGAGGAUGGGAAUCAUGUUGAAGCACAUAGCUUGCAAAUAAAAACUGUUAAACUCCCUUCCGUACAAGUGACAGCUCAUUUCUCUUCAAACAAACUGAUGUUUGUGGCAGUUUAAUAUUAGCAAAUGAUCACAUUAAGGAUCUAUCUCAAUAUGUCAUGGUGCAAAAAACAGAUAUAAAAAAUUCAGUCCGGCCCUGAAAUGUAAAUGAGUUAUGCUUAAAUACGUUGUGUAUGUAACUUCCUUUGUUUCUCCAGACAUUAUUGGUCUGGUGGUGCAAGCCCUUACUCAUGCAAGUUGUCCCAUUGAAGUCUUGAUGCAACUGCUCAUGUGAGAAGCAGGUUUGCAGGAUUCCACCCCCAAUUGCAAGAAAUACAUGGUUUUAUUUGGCUUGUAAUCUUAUUUAGCCAUAUACAUAGAUACAGCAAAACGUAAAGGGCAGGUUGAAAUCAACAAAAUGAUGUUGGUUUUGAAGGGAAAGAGUCCAAUGAGCCCUUCAUAGGUACAAAUCAUUGCUUUGACUGCACACAUUACCGGUAGUUCAAUUUACAAAUAUUAUCAUAUUUGCAACUUGUUACAGUAAUACAUUUAGAAUUAAUAAUUGGACCUUCCACUCAAAAAAACGUACUAAAACUCUGAUCCUGCAGACACAUGAAGUCAAUGGGAUGCCUCACAGGCUUAAAGUUAAGCAUCUGUAUAAGGAUUUGUAGGAUUGGAGCCUAAAUUGUUCAUUCUUGAGUCUUCCCUGAAAUAGACACUUUAUUUUUAAAUUUUUUAGCAAUGCAAGAGUGUAUUUGUGCAUCAAUAUAAUUGAUACCUGGAAUGAGAUUUGGCUUUCUUCUGUUUCUUAAUUUAUCAGACCUCUCUCCACAGCUACCUAAAAUAUUUCUGUGAACGUGUCCUUUCAUCUUGUUUUAAAUUGUGUAUUCAUAUUUUUUCAUUAAAACAGUUAACAGCUGUACAGUUUUUAUCCAAACUCA